CUUUGAGGCAGUUAUAGAUAAACAGUCAAACCUCAUCAACGAGCGAACAACCAGUGUUUUCGCAUCCAAUUUCUUAUGAUUUUCUUCAGAACCCCACAUCAGAUUAUUCCACACCAGUUCCUUUUUAUCAGAAAUCUUUUAUCUAUUUUAUUCAAUGGUCAACUACAAUCUUGAUUAAUGUUGAAACUCAGAUAGGGAGAGAAGCCGAUCCAUGCUCUUUCGCGCGCUAAAAGAAAUGAGAAGAUUUGAAUAAAGUGGCGAUCUGCACGAUCUAAUUGGCGUUAGCGUUUACUGGGCAGUCAUGCCAGGCCCAGGUCCGCAUAUGAUGUACGCGAUGGGAUCGGGGCUGGGACUUAUGCGAGUUUCUAACGGCCGGUUCAGCGCCCACCAUACGUUGACUUACACCAUCAACGCCUUCUUCGGUCCCGACAUCGGCUCCUUCUCCGAAUGGCUCGGCUCCUUCUUCUCCAACUCGUUCGGCUCCACUAUAGCCGAUGCCAUUCACCACCCUUUUUAUUAUUUCUUGAUUCUUGGCCUUCCUAUGUGCAUUCUUUAUUCUUGGCUCUCCAGGUUUUUGCUACUUAGAGGACUUCUUGAUUCGGUUUCUGGGGUGCCCCUGUCAAGGAGGCAGUGCUUCUUGUUGAUCUGCGCUGGUUCUUUAUCUCAUUUUUUCCUUGACCAUUUAUUUGAGGAAAAUGGUCAGUCAACAAUGUAUACUUGGAUAUUGAGCACUGGUUGGUGGAAGGGUCAAGCACCUGUAAACCCAGAUGCUGUAUUUGUUGUUGGCUUAUUGUGCACUUGCUUAAUUGGUGGCUUCAUUUAUAUACACAGAGUAAAGUCCGUAAAGUCAGCUAGAAAACAAUCAUUUCAGUCAUUGAAACUUAUCUUGAUUAUAGCAAGCAUGUAUUGCUUAUGGUGUGCUAGCCAGAUAUACUGGGUGAAUCCUCGUCAAGCACCUGUUGGCGAAGAGGCUGAUCUCGGAGUUCUUAUAUUUUUGGCCAUUUAUUUCUUUCUUCCUCACUGUUUGUGUAUUAUGUCCAUAAAUCCUAAAGAUGGCGACAUUGAGCCACUCCCACUUUAACAUAUUACACUUGUUGAGGUAUGAGAAUCUCACUCUUGUGGGUAAUUAUCCUGAGGCAAGCAAAAAUUUUCAGGUUGUGGAAGCAGUAUGUCAAUUAUGAAGCGGUUGUGAUAUUGCCUGUUGUUAUACUGUGUAGAUGGUUAGGAAAUUCUCCUUUGAUUUAUCUCAGUAUAGUCUUUUGUAGCAAAGAAAAAACAAUUAUAGAUAUUUUUGGGCCAUUUGGCUUUUGUAGUUUGGAAUACGGCACUAAAGAAAUAAAAGUUAUUCCAUAUUCAUGGGCUUUCUAUCUGGAUUGGUCGAUUUGAUUUGUGAUGAAGUGCGAAGUUUUGGUUGUUAAGCUGAAAUUUUAAUGUUGGGAUUUUGUUUAGAUGUUUGGUUUAAGUGUGUAAACCAUAUAUGAGGUGGUCGGUAUAA